AAAAUAUGUGCUGACGUGAAUAAUUGUUCAGAUAAGACUCUUCAAUCUGUUUCGGUAUCGUAACAAGUACCGUAUUACUGAAGAGGCAGCCGAACCACUUCACCUACUAGUACAGGAUUAAACCCGACAUCGCAACCUUGUAGUCUGUCUUUAGAAAUAGAGAUGUCUGGAGGUCAGAAAAUUAUUCUAGUCACAGGGGGAACUGGACUUGUCGGUAAUGCCAUUCGAGAUGUUGUGGAUGAAGAUUUGAGACCUGAUGAGAAGUGGAUUUUUAUCGGUUCUAAGGACGCAGAUCUAUGUAACAAGCAAAGUACAGAGGCUUUAUUUGAAAAGUAUAAACCAACUCAUGUAAUACAUCUAGCAGCUAUGGUUGGAGGCUUAUUCCACAAUAUGUCUCACAAUUUGGAUUUUUUGAGAAAAAAUCUACACAUGAACGACAAUGUGUUACAAACUGCACAUGAGAAUAACGUUAGCAAAGUUGUAUCUUGUCUUUCGACAUGUAUAUUUCCAGAUAAGACAACUUAUCCCAUUGACGAAACUAUGAUUCAUAACGGUCCUCCCCAUCCGUCUAACUAUGGUUAUAGCUAUGCAAAGCGACUAAUUGAUGUAGCAAAUAGGGGUUACGCUCAACAACAUGGUAGACUUUACACCAGUGUGAUUCCCUGCAAUGUUUUCGGACCUCACGAUAAUUUUCAUCCAAGUGCUAGUCAUGUGGUUCCUGGAUUGAUGAGGAAACUUCAUGAUAUAAUUGCGGAUGGUAACACUGAGGAUAAGGUCUUCACAGUCUUGGGGUCUGGUAAGCCAUUGCGACAAUUCAUUUACAGCAGAGAUUUGGCGAAGCUUUUCAUUUGGGUCCUUAGGGAGUACGACUCAGUGGAGCCAAUCAUAUUGUCAGUGGACGAAUCGCAAGAAGUAACAAUUUCCGAAGUAGCAGAAGCUUUGGUAAAGGCAUUUGACUUUAAAGGAAAAAUCGUGUACGAUACUUCAGCUGCAGACGGACAAUAUAAAAAGACAGCGAGUAACGCGAAGUUGAGAACUUAUUUACCUGAUUUUAAAUUCACUCCCUUUGAUCAGGCUAUUAAAAAGACCGUUGAAUGGUAUCAAGAUAAUUAUGACCAGGCCAGAAAUUAGGAAAUUUGUGUCUGAUCUACUGUCAUCACGAUAAUUGCGUAAAAAAUGGUGCCGCGAACCAGCAGUUCCGAAAAUCGAUUUCAUUUCGUAAAGCUUUGAAACCCUACUAAUGUCUUCUAUAUGACAAUAAUCUUUCUAGUAAAAGUAAAACAUAAAAAUAUGAAUAGCUAGAUGAUUUUAGCAACUACAUCGUGUUAUGUUGAUACAUUAUAAUUUGUUGCAAUCAUAGAAUCUAUUUAUUACAGCAGUCGUUAUCAUGUUAGAUUUUAUUUUCAACCCACUACUUGAAACCUAAUUAACGGUGACAUGAAAGGGCUUCAACGAAUUUGCGCUGCACCUGAUUCGCGUUACUGGAGACUGUAAAAACGUGAUUAACCGUAACCAUACAAGAUUUCGUUUGAUUAUUCGGGACUCUAAGACCAGGGAUAGACUGACAUUUCUAAUAUUUUUUGACUUACUGAAACUGAAAAAAAUGUAUAAAUAAUUGUAUUAUAAUAUGGUAUCUGUAUUUUUGGGAUGAAAAUAAAGUUCAAAUAAUGCUCAGCGUGAAA